UUUGGAGGUAGAAUAGAAUACUAAACUUGCGUGUAACAAAAUAAGCAUAGGCCUAUUUGUUUAGAUCCGUAUAAGUCGUUGUUAAAUCGCAAACAAAAAAUACUUUUUACAGUAGCCUAUGCUCGCCAAAAUAUCAGGCAAUCCAGUAAGUACCUCUCCAAACAGCCAAACAGUGCAUCCAUGAGUGCAUCUCAAACGAGGAAACCCAUAGGAAGAAACCUUUUAUCUUCUACUGUCACGAAAAUGUGGUAAAUUUAAAUGUAGGCUUUUUGUUUAUUUUGAAGAUGUGUGAUACGUCAGAUACGGUGUAUGUGGACGUUGCAUAAGCGAGUGGUAGGCUUUUUAGUCAUGAUGGCUCAUAAUCUUCAGGUUAUUCAAGCCAACAGUGAUUUUAUUCAAUAACAGAUGUUACUGUUAAACUAGUUAUCCAUUAGCAUACUGGUUUAACCGAGAAACAGACAUAUUCAACGGCCUCCCGUCAAAGAUGGGUUUAUAAAUUAGAAAAAGUAUGUUUUUUUUACCUACACGUUAACACAUAUUGCUUAGAAGACUUCAUAACUAGAGAGUGGCAGCAAUGCCUUUCGUGGCUAAACGAUGUGGGGUGAAUUUUAGCCCACCUUCUGUCGUGGUUAUUUAUGAAGCCAAGGACACUGGCAAGAUGAGAAAACGCGUUAUUCCAGUGAGGGAUUUCUCACAGUUUUCAGAUUGCAGCAAGGCUGCAGAACGGUUAAAACAUAACCCUCGUCACAGGGAUUACCUGGAGAGUAUAUCCGUGAGUCAGCUAGAGAAGCUUCAUGUACUCCUGCGUGAACACAUGCGGGGGCUCACUCCAGAACAAAGUUUGGCUGGUUUGCGAAAUGAAGAUCCCAACGAGGAGGACCUCAAUAAGCUAAGCGACAAGGAUCUUGCACACAGGAAAGCUCAAAUGGACAAGGUCUUUGAGCGCAACAGAAAGCAGAGGGGAGACCCGGACUUUGUUUAUGAUCUCGAGGUGGAGUUUCCAGAGAUGGAGAGUCAGGGAGUCUGCAGCUGGGAUGAUGAAUCAGAUGAUGGCUUUUAGC